AUGGAAUGGGUUCGCGGUUUGUCGACGACAUCAAAUUCCUCCUCCUCGACGACAAACGGUUUCACCGCACUGGAUGAUGAUCAACCGAGUUGCUCGUUCUACGAAUGGUCGCGUAAUCCAUCGCACGCGCAAUUCUUUCGAAUCUUCUCCAUUAUCUCGGUGCUCACCGUGUUGGUCGUCGUCGUCGUGCUCGGCAACGCGCUCGUCAUCGCCGCCGUUCUUCUUCGACGCAGAUUACGCUCGGCAACCGGCCUAUUGAUUCUCUCGCUCGCCGUCGCCGACCUUCUCGUCGGCACCGUCAUUCUGCCGUUCAGCAUCGCCAACGAGGUCCUCGACCAGUAUUGGAUAUUCGGCGAGACGUGGUGCACAAUCUGGUUGACGUUGGACAUCUGGAUGUGCACCGCUUCCAUCUACAAUCUCGUCGCAAUUUCCAUCGAUCGCUACAUCGCCAUCAUCAAACCAUUGAACUAUCCGAUGUUGGUGACCAAAUUUCGCGCCCGAUGCACCGUCGCCAUCGUGUGGAUCGGCAGCUUUCUCAUCUGCUCGCCGAGCUUCUUUCUCGCCUCUUCUAUCAAAGACAAAAACACACCGUGCCGGUGUACGCCGGCCAACGCCGGUCGCACCUACGUCGUGUUUUCCGCGUCGAGCUCAUUCUACAUUCCAAUGAUCAUCGUCGUUUUCGUCUACUUCCGGAUAUACGUUGCUGCGCGCGCCGCCACCAAAAGCAUAUAUUCCGGAAUGAUGAGCAUCACGGCGACGGCCAACAAAAAGCAAAAUCCGAAGAGCUAUCUGCUCAAUCAUCCCGAUGUGAUCAGCAAAGAUUCGAUGCCAAUGCUUCGUGUUCAUCGCGGCUCGUCCGUCGUCGCUCAGGUGACGUCAACGAAACCCAAGCCUCGCACCGAGAAUGGCAGCAUCGCAUUGGGGAAGCUCAAUGAGAAUCGAGUCACCGAACGUCCGCAAAACACAAAGCUCGCCACAUUCAAGGCAAGUUGUCGAGCACAAGACGACAGCUCAAUGGAGUCGAUAGCUCCGAAGAGCGACGCGAUUCUCGAGAAGAGUCGCAGCAAUUCGACGGAAUCGCAACCAGCUGAAUUCGUAGAGAAUGACUCGAUUCUCGCUGUCAGCAAUAACAGUGAGGCGACGAAAAGCAUCGACGAUUCCGGCGAGAAAAAGAAGAAAGGUUUCGCUUCCAAGAUCAAUAACUUCAUGAGACGCGGUCCCAAGAGAACCCCGUGCAACUACGAGAAGCGUCUCUCGCUGGAGAUCAAAGCAGCCAAGACGGUGGCCAUCGUAACCGGCUGCUUCAUCUUCUGUUGGCUCGGCUUCUCGCUCGUCUACGGUCUCGAGAUCAAACUGAACGACGUCGUCUGGAGCAUUGUGUUCUGGUUGGGCUAUUUGAAUUCGGCGCUCAAUCCCGUCAUCUACACCGUGUUCAAUCGCGAGUUUCGCAUCUGCUUCAAACGCCUCCUCACCUGUCACCAUCUCAAUCAUCCGAUUCAUAAGUACACCACCAACAACAACAACAAUAACAACAACAUCAACAAUUCGUAUAAUUCGACGGCCGUGCGUAGCACCAACAACCUAAAUCGAGUUCCGGUGACAAGCAUAAACAGUGCUGAGAAGACGCCAAUCAUAAAUACCCCAAAAAGUUGA